AUGUUUCUCGUCGCCCGAAGCCCAGUCGCUGGACUCAUCUUGCCGACAACGGCCGGCUGCUCAAAUGCCCGGGCCUUGGAUUACGGCGGCUUGCGAAAGGAGCCUGCUGCUGCCAGCGCGUCCUUUAAUGCCUUGCUACAGAGCGAAAGCUUUGAUGCUAUUAAACGAAAUGUCGACAAGCUUGCCGACCUGACCGACCAGUUCCCCGGCUACCAGGGCGUCGCCUCGAUCCUCGUCAGCGAGGAAGAGCUGGACGCCGUGUCCAAGCUUUCGGGCGAUAUUAUGAUGAGCCUCGACAAGAUUGCACUGCUACGCGAGCAGCGUCCCGACGUGGUCAAGACACAUACUCGCGCCCAGUCACCUUCAUCUUCAUCAGACGACGAACACCCCAGGGCGAAGCGGCAGACACAUGUACAAACGCACAUGGCCAAGCCCACCUGCCGUCGCUGCGGAGCCGUGAGCACUCCCAAGUGGCGAGCCGGGCCCGCGGGCCUGCGCACCCUCUGCAACGUCUGCGGCCUGGUGCACUCCAAGCGGGCCCAGAGGGCGGCGGGCAAGGCCUCUGCAAGGUCGCGCAGGGUCGGGCCGUGA